CUGUGAUUCUCAUCCCAUUGUUCAUUCUGUGCUGUGGGCAUUGGAAAUAAGCCACUCUUUCCAGAAUGAAUCUCUUCUGCUUCUCUCUGGAGGGCUCUAUGGACAGCUUGUAUGAAGCAGUACAGCAGACCUGUGAGGCCCAGGUGUACACCAUCCCCAGCAGGUCCAGCAGCCCAGCUAUCCUUUUAGAUGACAACAUCAAAUGGAGGAGUGCAGUGCGUUCCAUCUCCAUGGAAAUUUCACAAAUCAACACAGACAACAACAAAAAGAAGAAACAACGAUCACUACCAAAGUCUGUCUCUGAAAACGAAGCUUUAGAUAAUACUGUCUGUACUAAUUCUGUCUGGCAGGCCGCCAAAAAGCAAGAAGACUCAGAGCUUCUGAGGAACAACCAGAAUGAAGUUCACAUAAAAGGUGCCAACGGAAUGAUGCCAUUGAUAGAUGUAAGAACACAGCCACAUACACUGGAGAAUACCACCCCUGUUUUGGGGUCAAGGGAUGUGGAUGCAGCAUUCUCAAAUAGACAGCGCUGGAGCAACCCCGUCUGGGUACCGGCCUAUAACACCUGUCAACCUCCCUCCAAUGAGUAUCGACUCCACUGCACUAAUUCCAGGGCCCAAAGUCAAGGAGAUAAAAUCAAUAUUCAUACAAUGAAGAGAGACCCCUCACCCAAAGGAGUGGUGCACUCCACGACCAAUGUGGGUUUCUGUGCCUCCAAUCGAUCCACCAGUUUUGGAAGAUUUGACACAUUCAGACAUCAAAACUCCCCUUCCAGACUUGAGGAAAAUGGAACAAUCGAGGCAGAUGGUGAAUCAAUGGCACACAAUUGUGAGAAACCAGGAAGCCUGGGGAAAACGAUGAAGGCCAUUUCAAUGACUAUGCGUAAACGGAUGCACAAGAAACACGUCAAAUCUUACUCGGAGGACAUGGGAGAUGACACUGAAGCAGAAACAGAGAAUGGGUCUACUACAGAGAAGAGCUCAGACCGGGCUAGCAACCCACUGGAAAGUCUCUGGAGUGGACAGAGCUCCUCAAGUAAGUGUGGUGUGGCUAGCAAUUCAGAUGGAUCCAGUAACAGAGAAAGCUUGAAACUGGAGGAGGAAGUGCCCUACACGGGCCAGUUCUGCGGACGAGCCAGAGUACAUACAGACUUUGUUCCCAGCCCAUAUGAUACAGACUCCCUCAAACUAAAGGUCGGAGACAUCAUUAGCAUUAUAAGUAAACCACCAAUGGGUAUAUGGACUGGCAUGCUCAACAAUAAAAUGGGAAAUUUCAAGUUCAUUUAUGUGGAUGUUCUGCCUGAGAAAGAGAAAGAAGAGGAGGCCCCAAAAAUAAGAUCUGUGAAAAUUUGCAAGAAACCACGACCGAAUACACUCCUGGAGUUAUUAGAAAGGCUUAAUUUAGAGGAAUAUGCGUCCUCAUUACUCCUGAAUGGCUACCAGACAGUAGAUGACCUCAAACAUCUGAAAGAGAGGCACUUGAUUGAGCUGAAUGUCACUGACCCGGAUCACAGACACAGGCUGCUUGCUGCAUCAGAGUGCCUAUAUGUCACAAGCAAAGAUGAACAGGGAGAGAUGAAGGGUGAUGAGGAGGAAGAUGAAGAUUGUCUCAGAGACUCUGGUUGUUUUAUUCCAGCAGAGUGUCCUGAUAGUUGAGAGUCACACACUAGUUGUCUCCUGACAUAUAGUAUAAUGAUGAAGCUAUAAACAGACACAAAACUCAGUUGAGAUGUUUCCUUUGGCAUUAUGUGUUUGGUCCUUACUAUAGGAAUUGGCCUACUUUGGUUUUGUAUUUACACAAUCGUUUUGUUUCUGUUGAUGUAACCUUUUUGUUCAAUGUAAAUGUUAUUUGAACUUUUUACCAACCUACAAACCUGUGAGGAAUUUUUCACAAAUAAUUUUUGAUGUUUAUCUUGACUGAAUUGUAAAUACAGUAAUAAUAUUACAAUUAAUAAAU